UCGUCGAUUGCGAUGCAACCUUUCAGCGCAUAACUGUAUACGACCAUAAUCGUAUUGAUCCGAGAGCUUCAAGUAUAUACACAAAAUUUAACAUCUUUUCCGCGAGAAUACUUCAAAACUAGAUUGACGCUCGUCGUAUACUCACAUGGUUCACAUCUAUCUGAAUGUUAAGCAAAUAUAUUUGUGUAUGGAUACCGUAUAUUUUAGAUUUAGACAUAGUGGGUUUCACUAAACGAAAACGAUAUUUUAUAUUGAAAUACGUGCGUGUUGUUUGCUUUAAAUUUGUUAAAAGUGAAGCUUGUCUAAGCGUUAGACGAUAUGUUUGGUCAGUGCUAUCCGGGGACGAGUUUAAGAAUGUUGGUGGGGGCAGACGUUAACCCGUUUUCCGAGAGAAGGAAUUCCAGCCUUUCCAUCCGAAAACCUCAAGGGCUUAGAAGACGCUAUGGCGAAACCGGAGUUGACGUCACGACAGACGCGCGGGUACUAUUUGACGCGGUGCGACAAGGCAAAAAUCACCUUGUGCGAUUCAUCCUCGAGGCUUCAUCUGUUGACAUCGUGAACUCCAGAGAUCUUCAUGGAAAAACACCCCUUAUGGCGUGUUGUUAUACAAAAGACAAAAUGAGCCAACUAAUGGAGGAAGGUGCGCGUGAUAACACCGUUCGUCUGCUUCUACGUCACGGAACUGACGUCAAUUUGACCGACGACUGCGGACGCACCGCCCUUAGCUACGUCUGCGAGCGACGUUGCAAUGACAUCUUGCGUAUUCUAAUCAAAGAGCAUAACAUAGAUCCGGACAUAACUGACACAAAUGGCAACACGCCACUUAUUUACAGCGCGAUGGUGGGCAACGACAUAGCCUGUGAUAUUCUCAUACGUCACUUCCGGCGCCUUGGGUUGAACGUGGACGCCAAAAACAACGAAGGCUUCACCGCCUUACUCAUGGCCGCUAAGCACGGGAACAUCACGUGCGCGCAGAUUCUCCUGGGCCAAGGGAAAGCGUCGCUGUACAACCGCGACAACAAAGUGGGCUUAACGGUGGAACAAUGGCUUGCCAAGAAGGGUUUCACGGUGCAGGACAUAUCUCCGGUGAGACACGAUGGCAAAGGAAGGUCUCGCUUCGUAAAACUCGCAAACAUCGCCGCAAUCUGCACGGGCCCGAAGAAGCCUCUGGUGCCGCAACCGGCGUUCGGUGACAUCGACUUCGCUCUGCAUAACUUUCACAUGCAUCACCAUGAAGACGAGGAAGACCAUUAUACUUCCGACGCGACCACCGGCACCGACGUCUCGUUGGACCGCUUUAUGCCCCGAUAUAACGACCUUGACAUGGAUUACGCUCCCAAGCAUUAUCAGGUGUUCCCCUACCAAAAGAGUCGCCCGAAACUCAAAACGCAGGCAACCCAGACGACAUGCGAUAACGACGACGACGAAGACUAUAGCGAAGGACCGGACCCUGAGCCUGAACCGAGCAUGAUGCCUAGAUGUCAGACAGAGCUUACGAACAUAGACAAUGAAUCAGUUAUCAAACUGAAGCAGAAAAACGGCGAUUGCAGCAGGCCGUCGAAAGGCAUCAAAGAAAGUUUCGGAGUCCCUCAUUCAGUCGCGAAAUCUGACGCGGCCGCAAAACGUUACGCGCUGCCUGAUAUUGAACAGAAGGCAUUGAUCGCCCGCGGAGACGACGGGAAUGCGAAAAUCAAACAGCGCAAAAACUCGCUUGAUGUGCUUCCGGAAAAAAUCAUCGCGAGCAUCGACCUGGGCGACGGCCGGCGUCACAGUAUACAGCUACAUGCCGACUCCAUAAGGAACAAAAUGUACUGGACGCCUGCGAAGGGAAACGAUUCGGACGAGGGCGAGUUACGGCCCUUGGAAUUUGACAGACACCACUUGUCGGAUAGUGAGGCCUCCGCGACAGACGAAGGUCCAAUAUUUUGAAACAAACCGCUCCAACUGGUUUAGAGAAAGAGACAGUGCUGUUUAUAUGUUUGCUUCAUAUAUUUAUUAUUUUGAUGUAUAUAUUUACUCACAUGUAUAAUGUAAAAUUUGGCUACACAAUCGCUUUUUCACGUAUUUAAAUAUUGUUUAUAGGGCUAUUUUCACAGACUGAUUUGACGUUUUUCAUUUUGCCAGUUUCUUAAUUGUAACGUAAUGUUAAUCAACGUCUCAUCAUGGAUUUCUACAACGUAACAAAGUAUCCAAGCGAUAUCGCUAAUUUCUACAACGUAACAAAGUAUCCAAGCAAUAUCGCUAAUUUCUACAACUUUACAAAGUAUACAAGCGAUAUCGCUAAUUUCUUCAACGUAACAAAGUAUCCAAGCGAUAUCGCUAAUUUCUACAACGUAACAAAGUAUCCAAGCGAUAUCGCUAAUUUCUACAGCGUAACAAAGUAUCCAAGCGAUAUCGCUCAUUUCUACAACGUAACAAAGUAUCCAAGCGAUACCGCUAAUUUCUACAAUAUUUAUUUCAGCGGAUUUGUAUUAUUUAACAAAACGGUAUCAUCAGAAUAUAUUUACUGUGUUACUUCUGCAUUUAAUAGUGCUCAUGUGCGUCCGUAAAGUUUUUCAGGAUCAGGAUACUUCACAUGAAUCAUUUUAGAGUGAAGCUCUUCCAGACUUGUUGAUAUCGUUCCGGUGUGCCGCAUAUGUAGGUCGCAAGAGCUUUAAAAAGAUUUAACAAAUGAAAACUUAAAAUUUGUCAUGUUUGAAACGCAAGGGUCAGGGCUUUACUAUUUGGUAUGAAACUUUGUAUAUAUCAGAUCUCUGCAAGUUUUGUUCAAAUCAUGCCUCUAAGGUCAAAUUGGCACAUAUCAAGUGGUCACACACAUUUUAAUAUAAAAUUUAUACAAUUUUAUUGUUUUUAAUGUCUAAAAUACAAGUCCCAGAGCUUUGAUAUU